GAGUGGAGACAAAAUUAUUUCAGAAAUAUUCUGCAUCUGUUAAACGAUAUAAAGCGAUGUACUGUCAAUCGAGAAUGGUAUAAUUAUAGUUUCCUGUACGAAUUCGUAAUUAAUUAGGUUAUUUUUUGAAAAAAUGGCACUUGCGAAAACUUUGUCAGCUGUUCCUAGAUUAUUUGUUUCCAGGACUGGAAUUUAUAGUUUACAGGGUCAUUACAUAAAUAGAAAUGGAGAUGAUGGUCAUGGUCAUUACCACAACAUUGCAUUACAAAGGCGUACUUUCCUUGAUUUCCCUAAAAAAAAACGUACGAGAGAAUAUUGUGGUAGACAGUUAGUUGGGUAUACAAUGGAGCAGAUGUAUGAAGUUGUAUCUGAUGUAGAAAAUUAUUAUAAAUUCGUUCCUUGGUGUAAAAAGUCAGUAGUUAAUCUUAAAACUCCUGCUAGGCUAAAAGCUGACUUGAUUGUUGGAUUUCCACCUAUUAAUGAAAGCUACACAUCUGAUGUCACAUUAAUCAAACCACACUUGGUUAAAGCUAAGUGCACAGAUGGAAGACUCUUCCACCAUAUGCUUACCCUGUGGCGAUUCAGUCCUGGCCUUAAGAAAGAACAGCAGUCAUGUGUUGUUGAUUUUCAGAUAACAUUUGAAUUUAAGUCCACUUUCCAUUCUCAUUUGUCUAAUCUUUUUUUUGAUCAAGUAGCUAGACAAAUGGAAGGUGCUUUCAUAAGAGAAGUUGGAAAAAGAUAUGGUCCAGCCACAAUGAGACCUAGAAACUUACUUUUGAAAAACCAAGCUAUCAAAAGUUGACAUUAAAUUUGUUUCUUGAAGUAGCUG